AUGCUCAAGGCUUACAAAAACCUCUCACCCAAGACGCGUCUCGGCGUCGGUGUCGCAAUCAUCGCUUGGGGCGCUGGAGGACUCAUGUUGACUGAUCCACUUGAGAAGUCUCUUGGCUUGACUCCAACUGAAGAGGACAAGGCUGAGCUGGACAAGUACACACCAAAGAUCACCACUGUUGAUAAGAACGAGAAAGACAGUAACUGA